AUGAAGGCCACGACGUUCCUCCCUCUCCUCUCCGCCAGCGGUGCCGCCUUGGCCGCCACCCACACCGUCAUGGUCGGCGGGGUCAAGCCGCCGACGGACCCCACGGGCGAGCCGACGCCGAUGCUGCAGUACUCGCCCGAGAACAUCAUGGCCGCCGCGGGCGACAUGGUCGAGUUCCACUUCAUGCAGAAGAACCACACCGUGACGCAGAGCUCCUUCGACGAGCCGUGCAAGGCCAUGGAGGGCGGCUUCGACUCGGGCUUCAUGCCCAACCCGGACGGCGCCGAGGGCGUGACGUGGAGCAUGAUGGUCAACGACACCAAGCCCAUCUGGGCCUACUGCAAGCAAAAAACCGGCACGCACUGCGGCAAGGGCAUGGUCUUCAGCGUCAACGCGGUCGAGAGCUCGGACAAGUCGUUCGCGGCCUACAAGCAGCUCGCCAUCCAAAAGAACGGCACCGACCUCGACACGGCCGCCAUCGCCGCCACCCCCGCCGCCGCCGUCUCCAGCACCGUCACCCUCGCCGCCGGCCAGGCCCAGGACACGGCCGCCGCCGCCGCCGCUACUGUAGCUGCUGGCGACGGGACCUGCGCGGACGGCUCCGCCUGCACGUGCUCGUGUCUUUGCGGGUCCAACAGCUUCCCUGAGGGUGCGGCUAUGAAUAACUUUGGCGGGUUUGCCGGCAUGCUUCCCGGCCAAUAA